AUGUCCACACCUCAAACUCCAUGGCACGCCGCCUAUCCGGCCCCCAGGAACGUCGCAGCCAAGCUACCCCGCCAUGAGCUACUGCAAUGGCUCAAGGAGGGUAAACAACCGGGAAAGGACUUUGUGCUAGUAGAUCUGCGACGCGCAGAUUUCGAGGGAGGCACCAUCCGGGGUUCCUUAAACCUCCCCGCCCAGAGUCUCUAUCCCACCAUUCCUACCCUAUACACGCUUCUAUCGGCGAGUAAGGUGGAGAAUAUCAUUUGGUAUUGUGGGUCAUCCGCAGGCCGUGGCACGCGGGCCGGCGGCUGGUUCGCAGACUAUCUUCAGGAUCAAGGAGACACGGCCCUGAAGAGCCUGGUCCUGGAAGGUGGGAUCAAAGGCUGGGCUGCUGCAGGCCCGGAAUAUACGGAGCUUAUGGACGAAUAUGAUGCCUCAUUUUGGGCAAAGUUCUCUUCUGGAUGUGAGUAG